AUGCACCAUAUACCCGGACCAGCGGUCCACCCUAUCCUCCCUGCGCCUCUCCGUAUCCGAUCUCCCGAUGCUCUCCUGCCAGUACAUCCAGAAGGGCGUCCUCCUCCCCGCGCCGCCCCUCCCCUCCGCCGACCUCAUCCCCCUCCUCAAGCUCUCCCUCUCCCGCACCCUCUNCACGCCGGCCACAGCCGCCCCCUCCUCGCCGUCCAGGUCACCGAGCUCUCCGGUGCCCUCUUCGUCGGCUGCGCCGCCAACCACGCCGUCGUCGACGGCACCUCCUUCUGGAACUUCUUCAACACCUUCGCCUCCAUCACCGCCGCCGCCUCCACCACGCAGAUCCCCCGGCCGCCGCCGCCGUCUUUCAAGCGAGACACCGUCUUCGACUCUCCGGCGGUCCUCCCCCUACCGGAAGGCGGCCCCUCGGCCACCUUCUCCGGCGACGAGCCCCUUCGUGAAAAAAUCUUCCACUUCUCUCGCGACUCCAUCCUCCAGCUCAAGGCCAAGGCCAACAGCCCUGGUCUUCAGCCCGAGAUCUUCGGUAAACAAAGGAACGACAUAAAGAUAACAAGACCCGUAGUCAAAUCAGAUCCCACGGUCGAGAUCUCAUCUUUCCAGUCCCUGUCCGCCCAGCUCUGGCGGUCAGUGACUCGCGCCCGAAACCUACCCGCCGAAAAAACGACCACUUUCCGGAUGGCCGUCAACUGCCGCCACCGGCUCGAGCCGCGGCUCGACCCUCUCUAUUUCGGGAACGCAAUCCAGAGCAUCCCGACUGCUGCAGCAGUCGGGGAACUCCUCUCCAACGGGCUCGGUUGGGUUGCCGGGCGGCUCCACCGAAACGUGUUGGCGCACGACGACUCAACCGUUCGAGCCGGGAUUAAGGAGUGGGAAGAAAACCCGAGACUUUUCCCGCUGGGAAAUUUCGACGGGGCCAUGAUUACGAUGGGGAGUUCUCCGAGGUUUCCGAUGUACGACAAUGAUUUUGGGUGGGGGAGGCCGAUGGCCGUGAGGAGCGGUCGGGCGAAUAAGUUCGACGGGAAGAUAUCGGCAUUUCCUGGUCGGGAGGGGAACGGGAGUGUGGAUCUCGAGGUGGUGCUAGCGCCGGAGACUAUGGCCGGAUUAGAGAACGAUUCCGAGUUCAUGCAAUACAUUUCGUAA